AUGGCAAGUAUAACUUUGCGCAAGAGAUUAGCAGUUCUAUUUACUGUUUCAAUCUUCACCAUCGCUCUGAUAUAUUAUUGGAGACUUCAAUAUUCACCUCAAAUCUCAGAGGAAAGAUUGCGUCCAAAGCCCAUAAUCCCGGAAAAGCCUGGCCUUAUCAAGGAGCCACCUGAUCAUGAUGGUACAAAGCUUCAAUACUCAACAGCCUCCAUUGAUACAAGCACAUCAAUCAAUACCAUGGCACAAACCUCCGCUACUCCAACCCCUUCCUCCAUUAUUUCGUCAAGCCCGAAUGUUACAAUUCCACAGGGAACGUAUAUAGGAAAACAAACAUCGAAAUACCCACAAGUCCUUGAAGAGUUUCUUGGAAUUCCUUAUGCAUUGCCACCAACAGAAGAUCUUAGGUUUCGACCUCCUGUCCCGGUGAAUGCAUCAACAGCAACUUUUGACGCCACAAAACCCGCAUCAAGAUGUAUGUCCGGUCCAGACAAUCAACCUCAGAGCGAGGAUUGUCUUCAUCUGAAUAUUCAUCGUUUCAAGAGCACCACGAAUUCAUCAAACGAAAAAUUGCCAGUUUUGGUGCAUGUUCAUGGAGGAGCUUUCAAUUUUGGGUAUGCAAAUGAUAGGGGAAUAGCAUCUCUGGUGGGUUGGUCUAAACAACCUUUGAUUGCAGUCACAUUUGAGUAUAGAGUAGGGGCUCUGGGCUUUUUGCCAUCGAGGUUAAUGGCUGAAGAGAAGGCUUUGAAUUUGGGCUUGAAAGACCAGAAGUUGUUGUUGGAAUGGGUCCAGAAAUAUAUUUCAAGCUUUGGCGGUGAUCCAGAAAACGUUACUUUGAUGGGUCCCUCGGCUGGAGCUCAUUCUAUUGGUCAUCAUUUAAUGAACAAUGAUGACUCCCCUUCCCUCUUUGCUAAAGCAAUCAUUGAAUCUGGGGGACCAACAGCCCGCGCUGUCUAUUCUUACGAUAACCCCCUCCAUGAGACUCAAUUCUCAGAAUUCCUGGAUAAACUUGAGCUUUCUAGCACCCCACGUGCCGAUAUUCUUUCGAAACUUCGCAGUCUUCCUGUUUCAUCCAUCAAAGCUGCCUCGCAGCAAAUCUUUGAAUCUUAUAAUCCCUCUCUUCGUUGGCCCUUCCAACCAUGCAUCGAUGGACCUGGUGAAGAUAGUAUCAUUCCAAUGCCCCCAAUUGAGGCCUUUUUAAAUAACACAUACCGUCACAUCCCCAUUCUUACUGGUUACAACACCAAUGAGGGGUCUAUUUUCGUCCCUAAAACCGUUGAUAAAGCAGGUUCCUUCCUCGAUUUCUUCCACGUACUCCUACCCACUCUCCCUAUGGAAGAUCUCUCAAUUAUCGACUCCCUCUACCCAAAUCCUGAAUACAACCCAGACUCUCCAUACGCCUUCAAUAACACUGCUCUUGAAGUGGGGAAUCAAUAUCGACGCCUUGAUAAAGCAUAUGGAGAUUAUGCGUACAUAAGUCCUGUGCGUCAAACUGCCUAUUUUGCUUCCGGGGAACAUUCCUAUGAGCACUCUCCCUCAAAUUCAAGUUUACCUAAAUCAGCACCAGUCUAUCUCUACGAAUUCUCAGUUAAUAGUAGUGUCCUUCAUGGUGCCUCUCACGGUUCUCAAUACCCCUUUCCUGCAUACGCAUCCCAGGUAGUCGAUAAAUCCACAACGACGAAAGAAAUAGCAGGCUUGAUGCAUGCUUAUUGGACGUCCUUCAUAAUAUCUCCGACAGGAAAUCCAAAUGCAAUCCCGGGUAGAUAUCCGACUCGUAUGGUGUGGCCAGAAUACAAGGGUGGGGAAGGGAAACGACAAAAAUUGAUUUUCGGAAGAGGAAAUGAUGAGAUUGCGGGGGGUAAGGAAAAAGGCGUGGUGGUAGAGAUUGAAGAGGAUAGGAAGGAAAGAGUGGAGAAGGAAGCUUGUGGAUUUUGGUGGAAGAGAGUGAAGUUGUGGGAAAGUUGA